UAUAUACUACCCACAUUAUCAACACACACACACACAGAUGGAGAGCAUGAAAGGAGAAGUGGUGCUCAACAUCCCCGCCCAGAAGGCAUGGGAAAUGUACAGAGACGAUGAGAUCAUCAGCAAGAUAAACCCAAAUAUGCUUGCCCGGGCUGAAUACAUCGAGGGAGAUGGCAGCCCUGGGAGCUUGAGGGUCUUCAAGCUUGGCCCUGCUGUGCAAGGUUAUGUGAGAGAAUCCACUGAGAAGAUUGAGAAGGUGGAGGCAGGGCGGUCCAUAACUUACAGCGUGAUUGGAGGAGAGCUAAGGAACAUGUAUGAUCCUUACAAGGCCACCUUCUCAUUUAUCCCUCUACGCGGACAAGAAGGAGAGAAGUGUAUCGCCGAGUGGAAGGCCGAAUUCAAGCCGCUCUCUCCGUCCAUACCUCCACCGGAGAAAGCCAAGGAUGCUGCACUGGGAUUCCUCAAGCACUUCGACAAAUUCCAGCUGUGCCGCUGAAUACAAGUUUGGCAUGCCACAGAGGGGAUUAUGUUCUCCAGUAGUCAUCAGAAAGAGUCCGAAUAUAUUCUGCAUGCAUAUGUGCCAAAAAAAUUUAAUAAAAAUUGCAUGCUUGCAGCACAUGCUUAAUCCAUAUCAAUAAAUGAAGUUGGGGAUUAACUAGUUCA